AUAAGAUCUCGCGAGAUCUUCCUUCUUCCGUUUGGCUUCGAUACAUAGCAGACGAUAUUUUUUUGCUCCAAUUCCGAUCACCUGUAAUCCUUCGGAUUUGUACUUUGUUCUCCAUAUAUUGGUCACAUAUCGUGUGGAGAAUUGUUUUAGGACAUGAGUAGUCCUGAUGGUAGCCCCGAAAGGGCAAGUUUAGGCCAAGAUGGCAUUUCUGUCGAGACAGAUAAAACAUGCGGCCAUGAUGGCGAACCCAGAAAAUCGUGGGGUGGUUACAGUAUACCAAAGAAAACUAAAAGCAAAGACUCUAUGAGAACUUAUAUGAAAGAUCGUUAUGACGACGACAGUGCUUCGUCAGACCCUUACGAAGACGAUAGUUCUGAAGAAGAGGGCGAAAUUGACGAUUUUACGUACAAGUCGCCAUUAUCACGCACCCGGGAGCCCAAAGAGGCCGAUUCGGAUGAUGAACUGGACGCUAAGCGUUUUGAUCCGCUCAAUGAUGAGACGGAAUAUUUGUUGGACAAAAGCAAGGCAAAGUAUGCUAAGAAGUAUUUCAAACUUCAUUUGACAGAGGAGAAGAUCCGCUCCUGUAUUUUAGAAGACGCGCCCAUACCGGGUAACGAAUUUUUGAAUCCUCCGGAAAUUGACGAUUACAUUGAGGACUUAGUGGCGGAUCACAAGUCUAUGAAGUUCUUAAAAAUGCACGAUUCGUCGUUGAAAUUUGUUCAGAAACGCGUCGCUCAGUGUAUGGGACCAGUAUCUCGCAUAUGGGAAGAAUUAGACAAAGCUCACGAGGGCCACACAUCAACUAUGGAUAUUGAAGAUGUGGUCAAGUUGCUGGAAAAGACUAUUCUUAUGAUUGGCCAGGUGAACGUGGCGUGUCUUUACGAGCGGAGAAUAAAUUUCCUCGCCAAGAUUCUCAAGAGUACAAAGAAAGCGAAAAGCAUGUUACGCGACAACGAGGCAAAACUUCAGGACGACACUGUACUAUUUGGGAACGAUUUUUAUGCUACCCUGUACCGGAAGUCAAAAGACAGAAAGCGAGCCCGAGAGAUGUCAAGGGAUAUCGCCAGGCCUGUAACCAAGAAACCUAGGCUGACUCAGACUGUCGACCAGCCCUUUCGUCAGGGACCCUCUGGUGAGCAGAAAAGAACCAGGGGGUCGAACUUCAGAGGCAGAGGUGGCAUUACAAAGAAGCAAAGAGCGCCAUAUCCAGGCAGCAAGAAGUGAAAAGGCAGCUUGACUCUGAAACUCUGUUACCUUGACAACAAAAUUAAAAAAAAAAAAAAAAAAAGUUGUUAUUUUUUCAAUCAAAUGUCACUUUACACACAGCAAUGAAAUUAGAAUUUUAUGAGUAUUGAAAAAAAAAAAAAAAAAAAAAAUCUAUAUAUACAUAUCUCCGCCAAACUUAAGAAGGAAGAUCUCGCGAGAUCUUAUUCUUUAAAUAGGCUGGGAUUACCGGAAGCCAGGGAGAAUACAUUGUUAUACCUUACUUCAGUUUUAUUCAUAAAAUUUUAAUUUCAUUGCAUGCGCUAAAGCGCACUUAUAAAAUUUU